AUGGACGGAUAUCCGGUUGGAAGCCUGGACCAUAACAUCCCACACAUUGUUCUCGCCGGCUUGACCUCGGCCCCGGCCAAAGAACUACCACUGACCGCCGAGCUCCGCGACCAGGCGAUUUUGCUGCGAUCUGAGCUGCCGAGCCUCGAGACCCCAGAUGCCGAAUCACUGAGGGACUACAUUGUGCGCCAGGACGGGAGGAACCAGCCAUGGAACGGCAGAGACAGCGGGAAGCCGUACAAGCUUCGGGUCACCGUCGCUGGUCGGUCCUUCGUCCUUCCUCCACGCCGAGCGAGGCUUCCUGAGGGUAUCGAGGCACCCGAGGGCGUUCCCGUCUUGCACUCGCCCUUCUCGCCCCUGACUCCGGUCUCACCUUUGUACCCAGACGGACUUAUGAACACCGAAUGGUUGCAGAAGCACGAGGACAUGGUGCCCAGUGUCUACGUUUCUUUCUACACCCUCACUUCUGACCCGACGCUUGCGACACUCCACGAUAACCAACUAAAGACCGACAUCAACAACUUGAAGGCCGCCCUUGGUAAGUCAGGCUAUAGGACGCGCCUCGCCGUCGUGCUUCUGUCCGACGGCACGGCCUCUUCUUCCAUGGUAGACCUCGUUCAAGACCGGCUGGACAACAUUCGGAAGGGUGUCGCAUUGGAUACAAAGACGUUUUUCUAUCUAUCACCAGGCGACCUGUCCAUCGACCUUGAGCACACGGCGGAUUCCAUGCUAGCCGCAGUGUUUCUGCAAGCCCUAGAAUACUACAGAGACCUUGGCCGUCACGCGCGGAAGAAGCGCGGUCGUGGAAUAGCGCCGCAGCCCACGGUGCCCCCUACGAGCACCUCGCAAACACUCUCAGUCCAGGACUGGAACGUGAGGUAUGAUUUCAAGACGGGCAUUUUCGCAGAGUUCCGCCAAGAGAUGGAUGCGGCCCUGCGCUCGUACGAUCAAGCCUAUGAGGAGCUCUUGAGCCAGGACGUGAUGGAUAUCAUUCCAAGUUGGAGCCCACGCUGGAACGAAGCUCGCAUGCUCGCUGACACCAUUGCGAUACGCGGCAUACGCUGUGUGCUCUGGGGCGCACAAACCACGUCUGCUGUGCGGCGAUGGCAAAUGCACCGUGAUAGGAUAGCCGACUUUGUAGAUCGCCGAGGGCGCGGGACAAACAACUACGGCUGGGAGGCAUGGGAGUCGAGGUGGGCUGUUGUCAUGGCAAACCUAAUCGAAAGGGUAGAUGUGCGCAGUCUCGCGCCGUCUACAAAGACCCUGUAUCUCCAACCGGAAAAGGCCGCCGCGGUGGACAAGCUUCAACCGUGGGAUAUGCUGCAUCAUACGGGAUAUUGGUACCGCACUGCUGCAGAGCAUCUCGCUGCUCGACGUCGCCUGGCUCGCUCGAUCCCUGAAUCGGAUCGCCGCUCACCAGACACCACUCCAGCAUCAGCAGUUGCUAGCAAAGCCUUUACUUACGACACGUACAUGUGUCCUGAUCCCCAUGAAGAGUUUCCCCUCCAAGGGAUGGGUGUAAACCACUCCCAGCUCAUCAUUGAUCUUUUGAUGGCGGCAAGGUCUCAGUUCCAGGCAAGGAGGCAGCACCGGAUAUCGGCAGAGCUGUCGCUGGAGUGUGCAAAGGAGAUGGUGAACCUCAAGGCGUGGAAAGACAUUGUCACAAUACUCAGACCGCUAUGGGAAGACAUGUCGUUCCGGGAAGAGGGCUGGACGAACAUCGCAGAGGAUCUCAGCUGGGUGCUUCGGGCUGCCGCUGCGCACACUGGGAAUGCAGAGCUCGUGGUUGCCAUUGACUGGGAGCUGAUGAACAAGAGAUUUACGCGGCGCCCCAAGUGGCAUUACGACAUUUCGAGAUCGCUGGAGGGUUUGUCCAUUGAGUCAAAGCCCACGGUGACAAUCAACGACGACAUAUCAUCCUUCAUCUCCGCGUCGUUCAUCUUCAAGGGCGAGGACGGCAAGGCCGGCGAGACUUGUCAAGCUCAACUGGCAAUCAAGUCGGAUGCCUUCUCAGAUGCAGCGCCCAUCACUCUGAAAGGGCUGCGAGUCGACUUUGAGGGCAGCCUGAAAACCAUCACUCUAGACCACGCAGCUGAGUCCGACGCGACUACAGCGAAGGGCGCCGUUUCCUUGUCGAAUGUUCCAUUGAAAGAAACCGCUCGCGCUGGAGAAGACGAAGAGGGGGCAUCAGUUCUCAGCGGAUCUGCCAAUCUUACCAUCGUGCCUGGCUCUACCAACGUCUAUGAAAUGGCAAUCCCACUGCGAGAACCCGGUGAGGCUCGAGCUGAUUCCGUUACUUUACUCCUGGAAACGGACGCGUUCCGCCUAGACUACACUGUCGAUUUCCGAGAUCUCGGCGCAGCGGACUUUUGGUUCAGCCCGUCUCUCGCGAGGAGAAGAAUUGUACGCCAGAGCGCGCACAUCAUUCAAGUACAACCCCGACCACCAAAAAUGGAAAUCAAGCUCGCGAAACCAUUGGACCAGUUCUACGCAAACGAGCCGAUGGAGCUUCUCCUCGACGUCUUCAACGCUGAAGACGAGGAGGCUGUUGCUAAGCUCGAGGUCCAUGUUUUUGGCGAGCAGAUCCCGGCCUUCCGAGUCCAGGCCGCCGACCAAGACGAACACAUGGCGGAAGCUGGUCAAGAAGAAGCCAAACUUACGGGUCUGCCGCUCGGCACGCUGGGAAUAUCGCAACCAACUCGUGUCAAGGUCUCGCUCGAUCCCAUACAGCUGACAACGUCGUAUGACGUGACCCUCAGAGUCUUUUACCAUCUCGUUUCCGAUCCGGCAACACUGGUUAUGCAAAUCCUGCCUGUCCAACUGAACGUGGUCAACCCUUUUGAAGCAAACUACGACCUCAUUCCCCGCCUCCACCCCGACCCCUGGCCCUCCCUCUUCGACCACGAAGGCGUUCAGGAUCCAAACAUUACUGACGACGCCGCAAUCCAGCCCCGAGGCCUGGCCCAAAAGUGGUGCCUGAUGUGCCACUUUGCAUCUUUUGCCUCCGAAGACCUCGAAAUCAUCAGCAUGGACGCGGAGGUCCUCUCCUGCCAGAAUAAUGCCCGCUGCACAACAGUUUCCCGCCCAGAGAUAGCCGCAGAUGGUCUCCGCAUAGCACCAAAGCAAAUGCAAGAGGCACAGUUCAAUCUGGUGGCUCAUAAGUACAGCCUCGACGACCGGGGGCCGGCCUCGCUAGACCUCGCGUUUGUUCUCAAAUGGCGCCGCACAUCAUCGACUUCGUCGACCGUCAACACCACGACGAUGCUCGUCCCGCGGUACAUCGUCCUCGGCACCGAACCGCGCGUGCUGGCUUCGUACACCCUCGCCAACCCGGCAACGGGACUCGUCAACCUCAACGUCACCAUCGAGAACGCCUCCAGCCACUUCCUCACGUUUGGCCUGAGCAUGGAGCCGAGCGACGAGUUCGCCUUCUCCGGCGCCAAGCAGACCACAAUGCACGUUCUCCCCGUGUCGCGACGAUCGGCGACAUACCGCCUCCUGCCGCUCGUCAGAGGCGCCUUCAUCCGGCCAAGCCUGGUCGUCAGGGACAAGUACUUCCAAAAGGUUCUCAGAAUCAUACCCACCGAGGGCAUGAAGAUCGACAAGGACGGCCUCCUGGUAUGGAUCCCGCCGGAAGAGGAGGAAGAAAAAGACAGCUAG